AGGACAACAUAAAUAUAUUGGAAUUACAGCACAUUGGAUAUCAAAUGAAUUUAUAAUGCAAGAAGCAUUUUUAGCUUUUCAAUAUGUUGAAUAUCCACAUACUGGUGAAGUUAUCAAAGAAAAAUUAGAAGAUAUUAUAAAUAAUUGGAAUAUAAAUCAUAAAGUAUCUUUUAUUACAACAGGUAAUGCUGGUAAGAUCCUGAACUAUACUAAUAUAACUCACAUUUGA